AUGCAAUCUUCUACUUUAGCUAUUCUUUUGCUUUUCUGUUUGGUUGGUUGUGUUACUUGCGCCAGUAAUACGACUGUAAGAGCUUACAUCCUCGAUAUUCAAUCAGAAUAUGAAAAGAUAGACACUCUUGGGCAACGUCUCACAAAGGCGAUUGAUAUGUUAAAUUUUGCAAACAUCAACUCGACCUUAAUUCCUCAAAUUGUUCAAACAAGAGCAGCUCAAUUGAAAAAAUUAACAACUGCUAGAAGCAUGCUCGCUCUUGAAAUGUCUGUAUUGAGCAAUCAAUGUAAUAUGUUUGGAGGAGAUGACUGCACCGUUCCUACAUGUUCAUAUCAUGGAAAAUAUAUAAGUAAUAAUCAAACAGCUAAAUGUGUAUGUGAUCAAGAUUGGACUGGGUUAAACUGUUCUGUUCCAAUAUGUUAUUCCAUUCCUGCAACAAACAGCUCUGUGUGCUCAGGCUCUGGUACAUGCAUCUCCAAUAAUACAUGUCUCUAUCCAACUCCAUCAAACAACCUUGUUGUUGACACCAUUAGAAUGUAUGCGAAUGGAACUGUUGCAAGAAGUUGUAAAGAAUAUCUCUCAACAUUUAAUGAGAGUGGACUCUAUUGGAUCAAACCAGAUAAUAACUAUCCAAGUUUUGUAGUUCAUUGUGAGCAGAAAUUCAAUGGUGGAGGUUGGAUUUUAAUUUCAUCAAGAAACAAAUCAAUUCCUCCAAAAUAUUCUGAUGUUGUAAAGCCACUCAAUGAUGGUUCGUCAAUGGCAGAUGAUAAAUGGGCCAUUUUCAGAAAUGCCAAUCCUGACUUAAUGUGGAAAGAUUCAGAUCGUGAUGAGUAUAGUGUAACAAAUAUUUUGGGAUGGAAAAAUGGAGCAAAUUGUAAAGUAUUAACAACAAAACUAACUGAUCUGUUGCUUGCUCAUAAGGAGAACACUGGCUGUACAAUGUCAGGAAGUGAUUAUUGCUUGCUUGGUGAUACUAGAUUCGGUAUGACUCCUUGUGCAUCAUGUGAGGCAACAUACACAGCACCAACUUUGAUUUGGAAAGAGUGGAAGUUCAAAAGCUAUUUUUGGAAUGAUUCUCCUGAACUAUCAAAAGCAGAUAUUUAUUUAAGAUAA